CGGGACGGGGGCGAGCGGGGGCGGCGGCCCGAUUAACCCGGCCUCGCUUCCACCCGGCGACCCCCAGCUCAUCGCCCUCAUCGUGGAGCAGCUCAAGAGCCGGGGCCUGUUUGACAGCUUCCGCCGGGACUGCCUGGCCGACGUGGACACCAAGCCAGCUUACCAAAACCUGAGGCAGAAAGUGGAUAAUUUUGUGUCAACUCAUCUGGACAAGCAGGAAUGGAAUCCUACAAUGAACAAGAACCAGUUGCGAAACGGUCUGAGACAGAGUGUGGUUCAGUCAGGGAUGUUGGAAGCAGGAGUGGACAGGAUUAUAUCUCAGGUGGUGGAUCCAAAACUAAACCACAUCUUCAGGCCGCAGAUAGAACGAGCAAUUCAUGAGUUCCUGGCAGCCAAGAAGAAAGAAGCUGUGCCAGCGCCCCCUCCAGAGCCUGAAAGCCAGGACCCCCCGGCUCUGUCCCAAGAUACUUCCUAAGGCCUGACACCUUAUGAAAGCUCCGUUUAAUGGUGAAGAAAUGGACUUGUGUUACUUAAGAGUGCCACUUCAGUCGGCCAGGGUCACCACUGAUUCAAGAUCUCUGCUGUGACAGUGGUGCAGCGUCCGGAUUGAACAGGGAGCAAGUCUGGCCGUGAGAAAGUUGUUCAUGUGCCCUGCUCUGUGCCGCCACUUGACCAGCCUGUCCACGGGUGUGACACCCAGUAGACACUACAGAAUUAUAAACACUACAGCAACCUAACAUGAUCCUGAAACAGACUUUUAUACUUGAACAUGGAGACUGCGCGUGGGUUUUAGGGUUUGCGCUCUGGGAUAAGCAGAAGCUAUAAUGAAAGAGCAUAGCCAGUCCCAAAGGUAGCAUCAAAGAAUAAGAAUGGUACACCUAGCUGGGAGUAGGUAUUUGAGAGUACUUGCUUGAUACUGUGUCUCAGAGUUACAAAGUAGAAUGUACAAGCAGAUAACAUUGAUAGCCUUAAAAUUGUUGUGACCUUCAUGUACAUGAAUCUUCUAGCGCAUUGCUUUUCCCUUGUCAGAGGUGACAAAACGAGCAGCUGUUGAGUGAUAAGGAAGCCAGACAUUAGGUAGAACCACUUUCAGGCUCUUUGUCCAAGGCGUUUUUGUGUCCUGCAAAGGCUAGUGAGUCUUAGAACUUUCCUGUUCUCACGGUUGCAUUUUUUAGAAAAGUGAAUGAUGAAUAAAUGGUGUUUUGUAAUAAAAUCCUUUGAUGCUCCUA